UGAUCACAUUAUUCCGAUCUAAAGUCUUAGGCUAUGCUGGAUUCAGCAAUGUUUACACUCAGCUGUGCACUGUGCUUUAUAGCACUACUGCAGAAUGUUUUCACACAGGAUGACCUGUCACAAAUUUCAACGAGCAAUGGAAUAGUUCAGCAAGAGAUUGUUAAAAAGCACAAUGACCCGAGGAGAAAUGUGUCUCCAACUGCUAGCAACAUGCUGAAGAUGGGAUGGAACACAGAGGCUGCUGCAAAUGCCCAGAGAUGGGCCCAGACUUGCUCCAUGAACCACAGUCCUGACAGCAGCAGACGGAUUAAAACUAGUGAAUGUGGGGAGAAUCUGUACAUGUCUACCGACCCCAGUACCUGGAACGAAGUAAUUCAGUCGUGGUACAAUGAAGUCAGCAACUAUAAAUAUGGAGUGGGAUCAGUGAACGGUGGUGUUAUUGACCAUUAUACUCAGGUUGUGUGGUACAGGUCAAAUAACAUUGGCUGUGCAGUUGCCUUCUGUCCCAAUUCCUCCUACAAAUAUUUCUACGUCUGUCACUACUGUCCUCUUGGAAACUAUCAGUAUGAGUACCCUUACAAGGCUGGGCCUUCCUGUGGUGACUGCCCGAACGCAUGUGAUGACAGACUGUGCACUAACCCCUGCCCAUACAUCAACCAGUACACCAACUGCCCUUCACUGAGACAGGAGUAUGGAUGCAGCAAUGCCCAGGUUCAGUCCUGGUGCCUUGCCUCUUGCAACUGCACAAACAAAAUAAUCUGAUCUCCGUCCCGGAAUGUUAACGCCAAGCUGCUUUUUUGAGCCAUGCUAAUUCGUCAAAAGCAGUACAAUCGAGUACACUUGUCAUUAAAAUUAAAAUAAUAAUAAAA